AUGACAUGCAGAUCAAUAUCACGAGUGGCAGCAGGCACAGCCUCCUCUAUCAUACUGUUGUUGCGCACUUGGAAUUUCAAGAGUAACCAAAAGAGGCGAGCCAAGGCAGCAUAUGCCAUGAAGACGUUGACGUUGUUAAUGGUGCCGAACAGACGCACGCUUAGCGAGCCCUUCGAAAUUCGCUCGAUACGGUCCACUGAAGCAACGACAACAACACAUCGACAAGCCGCCAUCAUGUCGCUCGUCUCCGGAGAGAAGUCGAACUUCCAAUACAUCAUCCGUUUGUUGAACACGAACGUCGAUGGCAAGCAGAAGGUCAUGUACGCCUUGACCAAGAUUACGGGUGUCGGUCGCCGAUACUCCAACUUGGUCUGCAAGAAGGCCGAUGUCGAUCUCAGCAAGCGCGCUGGUGACCUCACCUCCGAAGAGCUUGAGCGUCUCGUUACUAUUAUCCAGAACCCUCUGCAGUACAAGAUCCCCGCCUGGUUCCUCAACAGGCAGCGUGAUAUCGUCGAUGGCAAGAACAGCCAGAUCCUUGCCAACGGUGUCGCCUCCAAGCUCCGUGACGAUCUCGAGCGCUUGAAGAAGAUCCGCGCUCACCGUGGUCUCCGUCACUACUGGGGCCUCCGUGUCCGUGGUCAGCACUCCAAGACCACUGGUCGCCGCGGCCGAACUGUCGGUGUGUCCAAGAAGAAGGGUUAA